CAUCAGCUGAUUUUGACAGUAGUAUUCGGAAUUCACAAGCCAAUGAUAUUGGAUACAUGCUGUAUAUUUAUUUUGCUAUGUGGACGUUCGGUCGUUGGACUCAGUUUAGGAAAGAAGAAUCACGGCCCGUGUUUUGGAUUCAAAAAUCGAUCUGCAGCACGUUCCUUUAAAAUUUGUAUUAUGUUUGUAACAUAAUUUAGCGUUUUAUCAAAUAGUUGGAUUAGAUUUGAAGCUAACUAGACCUGCUCAAGUAUGAUGUUCAAGAAGAAGCCUAACAUCCCGCCAAGGCCAAAGCCACCUCUUAUAGAGCACAUAAUAGAAGACAUUAAAAAUGCUCCCCAUGACGACGUAGCAUUCGCAGUCGGCGAGGAAGAAAUAAACACGCCUUCUCGAAGUGGCAACAAGGACGCCUCGCAGGCGAGUGACCAAGACAACCCUGAGGCCACGUUCCAGAAGAUGAAGAUUUUCAUAGAAGUUAACAGAGACUUGAAAGAAAUGAUCGUUAAACUGGAAGCUCAAAACGAAGAGCUGAAAGAGGCGGAUGUGAAAUUGAAGAACAUCGCUGAAGACAUACGGAGACAAGCGAGCGAGGCGUUGAAAGAGUGCGGUUGAUGUUGCAGCAGAUUGAAAUAACUUUUUUUUUCUAAAGCUUUAUUUAUUAAAAAAAUAAUAAUCAUAACACAACAAUAUAUUUAUCUUUGAAAUGCAUAUUUAUUUCUUUAAGACAGGGAAGAUUUGUUAAGCUUUUGAAAAUCAGUUAUACAAAUAAAGUGACAAAAAAAUGCA